CUGUACAUCGCUUGUACAAGUCAAAAGAUUGUGAAUAUAUUUUAAGAGUUUGUAUAAAGACUGAUUGUUAUAUAUCCAUAUAACCGUUCGCCACUUCCAGUGUUUUUUUCUUACGGAAAAUCUGAACUAUCCAAUAAAGGAUAUCUGAGGGUGCAAACCGAGCAUAGAGUCCAAGCCUUCAAGUCCAGCCUUUAAAGAAAUACUAAAAGUUUUUAGUCUGGCUUUUCUAGUGAAAUAUUGUUGUUAAAGGUGGAUCGUAGACAUCUUGAGGUAUUAACACACGAACAACUUAUAGAGCAAGCAAGAAUAUAUCAUGUGCCUAUAUUCUACCUAGAUUCAAGGGAUGUAAUCAUCGAUACGAUCAUGACGCAUUUACAGGGGAAUAGACCAUUGGCAGAUUUAGAUUUAUGCCCAGGUAAUGAUAAUCGAGAAUCAAGGGCUAAUCAUGUAGAUGAACCAGCUAACAGAAAAGAGUCCGCUUCCCUAAGAACAAUGGAGUCUACCAUGAUGAACAUGUUUGAACAAAUAAAAGCUCAGAUGACUCAGAUGACAAUGCAGCAACAACAAUUUAUGCAACAGGUUUCUGAUUCUAUCGCAAAAGCAAUAGAAGCAAUUAUGCAACAAGAGCGAAGAGGAUUUGGGCAUUAUGUACCAGGUCUGACAGAAGCAAGUCUCAAAUGGAAUCCUGAAGAAGAAGAAAUAAAAGCUAUAGAAGAUAUGGAAUGGUUACCAAAUAUGCAUUCUGAUACGCUCCUAGCUGAGAACAUGGUGGAUUGGAUAAAAACAGGACCGAAAAAACUCACCAUAGACGACGAAACCAUGUAUUGCAAUCCAGAGAUUUUGGAGCAAAUUAUCAGGUCAAAAACUGUAUUUGAUAAAUUAGAUAAGGUUGAGAUGCGCAAAGCAAGAACUCGUUCAAACCCUUAUGAAACAAUUCGCACUGCUAAUUUUCUGAAUCGUGCAGCUGUCAAAAUGGCGAAUAUCAACAGAGCAUGUAAUUUCAUGUUUACUGACCCAAAGGAUUUACAUCCCAAUAAAUUAUUGUACUUCGCCGACGUAUGUGCCGGUCCGGGCGGUUUCAGUGAGUAUAUUCUGUCCAGAAAGAAAUGGCAUGCCAAAGGAUUCGGAUUCACUUUGAAAAACGAAGAUGACUUCACAUUGGAUGAGUUUUUUGCUGGUCCGUGUGAAACUUUUCAUCCUUUUUAUGGUUCUAAAGGCAAUGGAGAUGUAUUUGACCCACAAAAUCAAGAAGAAUUUAGAUCUUUAAUAAUGAAACAUACAUAUGGCAAAGGUGUGCAUUUUAUGAUGUCAGAUGGAGGAUUCUCUGUGGAAGGUCAAAAAAACAUCCAAGAGAUUCUAUCUAAGCAGUUAUAUCUGUGUCAGUGUCUGGUGGCAUUAAUGAUAGUGAGACCAGGUGGACACUUUGUGACAGCAUUGUUUGAUUUGUUCACACCUUUCAGCAUUGGACUUGUUUAUCUAAUGUAUAGAUGUUUCGAAAAUAUUUGCAUCUUCAAACCCAAUACUUCUAGACCAGCUAAUUCGGAACGUUAUUUAAUAUGUAAAACAAAAAAAGACGAUACACAAGCGGUAGUUCACCAUCUCUCUCAUGUUAAUCAUUCACUUUUAAAGAAAGAUGAUAAGAAUGAUGUAAUUCAAUUAGUACCGCUCGAUGUAUUAGAAGCGGACAAGGCAUUUGUAUCGUAUUUGAGAAGCUCUAAUGACGCUCUAGGCAAGAAACAAGUAAUAGGCCUCUCGAAAAUCGAGGCUUUUUGCAAGGAUCCAAUGCUGACCGAGCCAAAACAAGCGGAUAUGCGAAAGGAAUGCCUGAAUUAUUGGAAUAUACCUGAUAAAACUCGCGUGAGACCGCAAAUCAUUAGACCACAAGAUAAGAUAUGGGAAAUUUUAAGGGGCUCUGAAUGUUUCUUCGGUUUCGAAGCACAGAAAUUGGAAAACGACAAUGUAAAAAGUAUAUUGAAUCAACCAUAUAAUUGGUACUGCAUGCCCUGUGGUUCCGGUCCCUGUGUCGAAGAGGAUAAAGUAGCAACGUUUUAUUUGGGUUUGGGAAGAACAAAAGUGUUUCGUUUUACGAAAAGAGGCAAAUGGGAAUCGAUUGGAGAUGUAAAGAUAGAACUACCACCUGAUACUCUUGUAUACGCCGAAUUAGUAUAUGAAACAAAACGGACGGGAAAAUACUUUUCCAAGACAUGUGCAUUGCAUAUUUUGGAUGCUUAUAUGCUUGGUGGAGAAGAUAUUAGUAAACGACACUUAGAUGAUAGGUAUAAACUAACUAAGCUAUUUUGCGAAUCACUGCAGAAACCAGUUCCAAAUGACUUUGUAUGUGUGCGCGCCAAGGAGAGAUUCAUGCUGAAUCUCGAUAUAGGGAAGAACUUGCGUGUUGCGCAACGUCGUGUGAAAAUGCCCAUUGCGUUCGAAUCGCAAAAGAAUCUAUUGGAACGUGACGGCGAAAAUGAUGAUGAGCCCAUAUAUUCCGCAUACAACAGCGUACUUUUCUUAAAAAGCGUCGCUCAACCUUGGGCGCGUCAUAUUAGUAAAAAAUAUAAAUGUUAUGUUUAUAAUCCGAUUACCAAAGUAGCGGAAUACAAAAUCCGAAACAAUCAACAUAAUAGACCACCCGAAGCCGAAGCUGAUUUUAAAGAGGCAUUCGAGAAACGUAUUAUCUGGGAUUGGCCUGGCAAUCAAAGCUUAGCAUUGAAUAUGGACACUUUAGUUGCGAUGAUAAAUUCAUCACAAAAUGUCUGAAUCAUGUGUAUUAUAUUAUACAUAUCGUAAAUAAUUAUGUCAUAACGUUUUUUUAAGUUCUUGUUCUUGAUUUUCGUUAAAACAUAUUACUUUUGAUUAUAGAGAAUUUAUCAUAGUUUCAUUUAAUAGUUAGUAUCUCAAAAAUUGUAUUAAAAUAAGAAAAUAUAUUAAAAAAUAUUAUAUUGUUAUAUUUGCAUUCA